AUGUUGGCCAAGGCAGUGCUUUCUCUUGGUCUGUGGCUGCAGUUUGCUGUGGGACAGAACACACCUGAGAGAGGUCCUCAGAGGUCCAGCUCCAACUCCGAGGGCGACCUCCUCUUCCUGCUAGACAGCUCUGGCAGCGUCUCCUACUAUGAGUUUUCCAAAGUCAAGGAAUUCAUGUGGGACCUUGUGCAACCUUUCAGCUUUGGCCCCAAAGAUGUCCAGACCAGCAUCAUCCACAUCAGCACUACGCCCACCAUGGAGUUCCCUUUUGACCAGUACCAGUCCAGUGGCAGCCUGCAACAAGCCAUCCGGGACACCCGGCAGCUCAUGGGUGACACCAACACGGGCAAAGCCCUCUCCUUUGCCAAGGAGAAGUUCUUCAGUGCUGAAGCUGGUGCCCGACCAGAUGUGCCCAAGGUGCUGGUUUGGGUGACAGAUGGUUUCUCCACUGAUGACAUCUCGGAGCCCAUGCAGCUCCUGAAGGACAUGGGAGUGACAGUCUUCAUUGUCAGCACGGGGCGGGGGAGCUACCUGGAGCUCUCUGCUGCUGCCAGCCAACCCCCUGAGAAGCACCUGCACUUUGUGGAUGUGGACGACCUGCCCAUCAUCACAGAGGAGCUCCGAGGUGCUAUCCUAGACGUUAUCCAAGCAAAUCGGCUCCACGCAGUGGAUGUCACCUCAAGCAGCUUCCAGCUGGUGUGGCCCAAGCUCCUCUCCCAAGAGACUGGCUACUACACCCUCGAGUAUGCCCCGGCAGCUGACCUAGCAAGGAAGAGGACAAAGCAGGUGUCUGGGGCUCACACCAGCUUUGUGCUCAGCAACCUGGCACCAGAAACUACUUACGAGGUGGCUCUCAUUCCUGAAUCCAACGUCCACUACUUCCCUCCCCAGACCACAAGGGUCACUACCUUGGCAGAGGAGAUAAGCCCAGCUCAGGUUCUCAUCUCGGAGUCUGGGCCCCACAGCUUCCAUGUCAGUUGGGCUCCUCUGCUGGAGAGUGUGAUGGGCUAUCAGGUCCUGUAUGGACCCCUCCCUGGGAAUUCAGUGGAGCUGCUGCAGGUGGAUGGGGAGCACAACGGCACUUUGGUGGAGAACCUGGCACCCAACACAACCUACCUGGUGACAGUGACUGCCAUCUACAAGUCAGGGAUGGAGAAAUCCCUGUCGGCCAAAGCCUGCACUCAGGAAGGUGAGGAGCUGCUGGGAAGCUCUGAGGGCACGAGGGGCCUCUGA